AUGGCUUUCGCGUCCCUCGUCACCUUCGUCGCUCUCGCCGCUGUCACCCGCGCCGCGCCCACCAGCGAGGCUGCCGUCUGCUCUGACGGCACUCGCGUGUCCAACAGCGCGUGCUGCGCGUUCAUUCCGCUCGCGCAGGAUCUUCAACAGACCAUCUUCCAGAACGAGUGCGGCGAAGAUGCUCACGAGGUCAUCCGGUUAACCUUCCACGACGCCAUUGCUAUCAGCCAGAGCCAAGGUCCCAGAGCAGGUGGCGGCGCUGACGGCUCCAUGCUCCUGUUCCCGACCGUCGAGCCCAACUUCGCUGCAAACAACGGCAUCGACGACUCUGUAAACAACCUGAUCCCAUUCCUCGCCAGGCACCCUACGAUCAGCGCCGGCGAUCUCGUUCAGUUCGCAGGCGCGGUCGCCCUCACCAACUGCCCUGGCGCACCCCAGCUCGAGUUCAUGGCCGGCCGCCCCAACCACACGAUCGCCGCCGUCGACGGCCUCAUCCCCGAGCCGCAGGACAGCGUCGACAAGAUUCUAGCCCGGUUUCAGGACGCAGGCAACUUCUCGCCCUUCGAGGUUGUUUCGCUCCUCGCCUCGCACAGCGUCGCUCGCGCUGACAAGGUCGACGAAACCAUCGACGCCGCGCCCUUCGACUCCACGCCUUUCGUUAUGGACACCCAGAUCUUCCUUGAGGUCCUCCUCAAGGGCACCGGCUUCCCUGGCUCUCCCAACAACACAGGCGAGGUCGCGUCGCCCCUCCCGCUGACCUCUGGCACCGACACCGGCGAGAUGCGCCUGCAGUCCGACUUCGCGCUCGCCCGCGAUUCGCGCACGGCCUGCUUCUGGCAAAGCUUUGUCAACCAGCAAGAGUUCAUGGCAGCCAGCUUCAAAUCCGCCAUGGCCAAACUUGCCGUCCUCGGCCACAACCGCAACUCGCUCAUCGACUGCUCCGAUGUCGUCCCCGCCGCCAGCACGGUCGCGGUUGCCCCCGCGUCGUUCCCCGCCACCCAAGGCCCGGCCGACCUCGAGAUCACCUGCACCGCACGCGCUUUCCCGACGCUCACCCAAGACCGUGGUGCGACUGAGACCCUCAUCCCUCACUGCCCCGAUGGCAGCGAAAACUGCACGUCUGUCCAGUUCGACGGCCCCGCUUAA